CAUACACACAACAAUUUUUUUUUUUUGAAGAGCACAACGAUUCUUAAUUAAUUAAUUAAUUAAUUGUUGGUAGUGUUGAAAGAGAGAAAGAGAAAUGGAAAGAAAAGAGUGUCAUCCUCUAUUGAAAGGUGGAAGAACAAAAGGAGGCAAAUAUAAACAUGAUUUUUCUUCUGCUAAUAUGGAAGCACUUGCAAGCAUGUGUGAAGCUUUAUUGCCUCCUAUUGAGUCAGAAUAUUUGGACAAAAAGGGAAUGAAACCAACAAACAAGGCUAUUCAUUUGUUUUGGAAACUUUCUGGCUCUCAUCUCUCUGUCCCUCAUCAGGUUGCAGAGAUGUUAGUUGAAAGAGCACUACCAGAAGCAUUAACACUCAUUAGAGUAAUUCUAUCGAUGCUAUCAACAAGGUUGGGCACUUUGUUGCUAUGUGGAUCUCUCUGUCUUAAUAAGAAAUGGCCUUUCAUCAACAACUUCUCAAACAUUUCUUUGGAAAACAGAGAAAAGGUUAUUCAGAAAUGGUUGAAGCAUCGGUUCCUCACACCUGUCAGACUUGUAUUUAUUUACAUCAAAGUCCUUUGCCUCAUUGUUUUCUUCUCUCGGUGUAAUGAAAAUGGUGAAAACCAGGCAUGGGAAGCCAUUGGUUAUGAAGUUGAGAGUGACGAGAACACAAGCAAUGAUCACAAAGAGAGGCCUCUUGAAAAGGGAAUUGUGGAAGCUAUGAAUGAGGAUAAUUUGAGUCUACCUCAAUCACUUUCUCAAAAAGGUCUUGAAAUUGAAAUAGAUGCUAAAAACAACAUCCUCAAAGUGAAAUGUGAUGUUGUAAUUGUUGGUUCUGGUUGUGGUGGUGGAGUUGCAGCUGCUGUUCUUGCAAAAUCAGGUCUUAAGGUACUUGUUCUUGAGAAGGGCAACUACUUCACUCAAAAUGAUUAUUCUUCUCUAGAAGGUCCUUCUUUGAAUGAGCUUUAUGAAUUAGGAGGAACUUUUGCAUCCUGUGAUGGGAAUAUAGCUAUUCUAGCAGGUUCAACAGUUGGUGGUGGUUCAGCUGUUAAUUGGUCGGCGUCUAUUCGAACACCGGAUUAUGUGCUCAAGGAAUGGUCAGAGAAUCAUAAGCUACCACUUUUUUCAAGCCAUGAAUAUGUUUCUGCUAUGGACAUGGUUUGUAAAAGGAUUGGUGUAACUGAUACAUGUGUGGAAGAAGGACUUCAGAAUCAAGUUCUUAGAAAAGGUUGUGAGAAACUUGGUCUUCAAGUUGAUUAUGUUCCAAGAAAUUCAUCACAACAUCAUUACUGUGGAUCUUGUAACUAUGGUUGUAGGAAAGGAGAAAAACAAGGGACUGAUGUUACAUGGCUUGCUGAUGCUGUGGAUGAUGGUGCUGUAAUACUAACAAGAUGCAAAGCUAAAAAGUUUAUUUUGGUGGAUAACAAAGAAGGGUGUGUGAGAAGAAAGAAAUGCUUAGGAUUGAUGGCAAAUUUUUUAACAGAAAACAUCACAUGGAGACUUCAAGUUGAAGCCAAAGCAACAAUCUCAUCAUGUGGAGCCCUUUCUACACCUCCUUUAAUGAUCUCUAGUGGACUAAAGAAUAAGAACAUUGGCAACAACCUUCAUCUUCAUCCGGUGCUAAUGACGUGGGGAUAUUUUCCGGACUCGAUAUCUGAUCUCAAGGGUAGAAGCUAUGAGGGAGGAAUAAUAACUUCUAUACACAAGGUGUUAUCAGAUGACUCCAAAGUAAAAGCUAUAAUUGAAACUCCGGCUCUAGCUCCAGGAACUUUUUCUACCUUGUUUCCUUGGGAAUCCGGAUUUGGGUUCAAAGAAAGAAUGCUAAGGUAUUCGAGGAUGGUUCAUUUUAUCACAAUUAUUCAGGACAAAAGUUGUGGAGAAGUUAAGAGUGAGGGUAGGAUAAAGUACGAGUUAGAUGAAGAAUUCGACAAAGAGAACAUCAAGGAUGGGUUGCAGCAGGCUCUGAGGAUUCUAAUAGCGGCCGGAGCGGUUGAAGUAGGUACUCAUAGAAGUGAUGGACAGAGAAUUGCUUGUAGUGGAAGUAAUGAAAAAGAAUUGAAUAAAUUUGUGGAAUCAGUGUAUGCAACAGGAGGACCAAUGUCACAUGGAGAAAAUUGGAGUAUUUAUGCUUCUGCUCACCAGAUGGGAAGUUGUAGGGUAGGUGUGACUGAAAAGGAAGGUGCAGUUGAUGAAAAUGGACAGAGUUGGGAAGCUGAAGGACUAUUUGUGUGUGAUUCAAGUUUGCUUCCAACUGCAAUUGGUGUCAAUCCAAUGAUAACUAUUCAGUCUGUUGCAUAUUGUAUUGCCAACAGAAUUGCAGUAAUCUUGAGAAUGUAAUAGAGUUAUUUUGUUUCUUUUUUCUUUGUUCUCUAUUUCAAACAAGUAUAUCCUGCCUGUGUAAUUGAUUGAUGCUAAAAUAUAAGCAUCCUUUCAUUUAAUAGUUGCAUAGAUUGUUUGAAACUUUGAAUUAUAAAGCUGUUCAUGCAAUGAAUAAGUGAUUAGCAACA